AUGAGCCUCCCCAAGACUUUCAAACAAGCAGCCUUCAAGGAGAACGGCGGGCCUCUGGUCAUCGAGGAGGUUGAGUUGACUCUUCCCUCCGACGGACAGGUUCUGAUAAAGGUGGAAGCUUGUGGCGUUUGCCAUUCGGACAAGUUCCCCCAGUUCAAUGGCAUGGGGGCUGGUUUCCCUUUCGUCCCUGGUCACGAGUUUAUCGGGAGAGUGGCCGCAGUUCCUUCCGGUGAGAAGAAGUGGAAAGUCGGUGACCGCAUCGGCGGUGGCUGGCAUGGAGGACACGACGGCACAUGCAAUGCUUGCCAAAAAGGCAUGUUCCAGAUGUGCGAUAACAAGGUUAUAAAUGGAGAGACUGUCGGAGGAGGAUAUGCCCAAUACUGCAAGAUUCGCUCCGAGUCAGGGGUCAGAAUCCCCGAAGACAUCGACGCUAAGCUUUACGCACCUGUUCUGUGCGCUGGCGUUGCAACCUUCAACUCUAUCCGCCAGCUCAAUGUGCCUCAUGGAUCGACGGUUGCCAUCCAUGGUAUUGGUGGUCUGGGGCAUCUUGCUAUCCAGUACGCAAACAAACUCGGCUACCGGGUUGUGGCUAUUUCCCGUGGGAGCGACAAGGAAGAGUUUGCAAAGAACCUGGGAGCGCACGAGUAUAUUGAUGCAGCUACCCAAGAUCCUGUCAGCACCCUCAAGGAUUUAGGUGGUGUGUCUCUCAUUGUUUCGACGUCUCCUAACGGCGCGGACAUAACACCGUUACUCGGCGGGCUGGGCCCUCUUGGAAAGUUACUGGUUCUCUCUGUUGCCGGUGACUUGUCGAUUAACGUUCUUACCCUGAUGGGCUACGGACUCUCUGUUCACUCUUGGCCUUCAGGUCAUGCAACAGAUGCAGAAGACACAAUCGCGUUUACCAAGUUGCAUGGGGUCAAUUGUAUGACACAGACAUGGCCGCUAGAACAGGUCAAUGAAGCAUAUAACGCCAUGGUCAGUGGUGACAUACGUUUCCGGGCAGUGAUUACUAUGGAAGACUAG